AUGGACGCCGCCGCUUCUGCCGGAGGCAGCGACGACCUCCGCUGCUGUCGCUUCCUCCUCGCUUCCCUAUCCGCUGCUGCCGCAGACGCCCAGUCGUUGCGCGCCCGCUGGACUUCCGUCUCCGCCGCCGUCGCUCGCCUUUCCGCCUCCCUCGACGACCUCGCGCCCCUCCCACCUAAUCCCCUCGUCGCUGACCUCCUCCAAUCCCUCACCCAAAUCCUUUCCCCGGCUCUCGCCCUCGCCUCCCUCUGCCGCGCCUCGGAUCCCCCAGCCGCCAGGCUUCGCACCCAGAGCGAGAUCGACGCCGUCUCCGCGGCGCUCCACCAGCUUGCUGCCGAUGCCGAUCUUAUCCUACGUUCUGGCGCGCUUACCUACCUUCCGUCUCCUCCUCCGGAGGCGGGGAGUUCUCGCCGAGAGCUCGUGCGGACGGAGGCUAGGAGGCUCGUGACGAGACUUCAGAUCGGAAGCUCUGAAUCGAGGAUCGCUGCGUUGGAUUCUCUUCUCGACCUACUCCGCGAGGAGGAAAAAAACGUCGUGCUCGCCGCUGGACUGGGGGUGAUGCCGGCGCUAGUCCGCCUCCUCGAUUCAGUCGCCGGCGCUGCGUCCUGCCACGACGCGAGGGAGAAGGCUGCGGCUGCAAUCGCGAGGAUCUCGGAGGUGCAGAGUUGCCACCACCUUAUAGUGGCAGAAGGGCUGCCCCUCCUACACCAUCUCGCUCGCAUCCUCGAGUCCGAGGGUGGCGCCGCCAAGGAGAAGAUUUGCACCGCCCUCCACAUCCUAACCCAAAACAGGGACAACGCCGUCAUCAUCGGGUCCCGCGGCGGGAUCGCAACCCUCCUGAAGAUCUGCCGCAAUGGCAGUCCUUCCGCCCAGACCGCCGCCGCUGCAGUGCUGAAAAAUCUCGCCACAGCGCAAGAGCUCCGACUGAACUUCCUCGAAGAGAAUGCAAUCCCGGCCCUCAUUGGUCUUUUAGCAUCCGGAACUCCUCUUGCCCAAGAGAACGCUAUCGGUUGCCUCUCUAAUCUAUCAGCCGGCGCGGAAUGCGAAAGCAUAAAGCUAUCCAUCUUCAAAGAAAGGGCUUUGGAACACCUGAAGAACUACUGGGAAGCAGUCGACAUAGGAGAGGAUCGAAAUCUUGAGCUUGGGGUUUGCUUGUUGAGAAAUUUAGCAUCUUUCAGGUACAUCGCUGAGAUCAUCGCCACAACUGGCUUCCUUCUUCCCAUCAUCAUUGCUCUGAAGUGCGACAAGCCGGGAACAAGAACAGAAGCAGCGAGGGCAGUUGCCGAAUUGGCUUUGGUUUUAGGGAGGACACGGAAGGAGUUUGAGGACGCAGUGCCUCCUCUGGUGCGCAUGUUGGAAGCCAGAGCAUUGGAGGAAAAGGAAGCUGCUUCAAGGGCUUUGGCAUCGCUAAUGCCAUUCCUUGGUUGUCAGAGACUACUAAGGAAGGAGGAGAAGGGGAUUGUGAACGUGGUUCAACUCCUCGAUCCCUUAAUUCAUAUAGAUAAGAAGUACACAAUAUCAAUAUUGGUAUCGAUUUCGCAAUCAAGAAAGUGUAGGAAACAAAUGGUGGCAGCAGGAGCUUAUGGAUACUUGCAGAGACUUUCUGUGAUGGAAGUGGAUGGUGCAAAGAAACUACUUGAGAACUUUGGAAGGGGAAAGAUACUGGCAGUGUUUCCAAGAACCUAA